AUGGCUGUGAUCGCUCCAGCUUUAUUUGUUAACCAUGGUGGAGGACCAAUGCCUUUAUUAGGCGAAAAAGAUCAUCUUGGACUCACUUACUUUCUGCGAGAUGAGGUAAAAAAACAUGUAAAUUUGAAAGAAAUCAAAGCCAUUAUCCUUGUCACUGCUCAUUGGGAGGAGAGUAAAGUAGCAAUUUCGUCAGCAGAACAUCACGAGCUAUAUUUUGACUAUUAUGGCUUUCCUCCAGAAACAUACAAAUAUCGAUAUGAUGCUCCGGGAGACCCUGAGUUAGCUAAACGCAUUCAAUUAGCAUUACAAAAAGCUGGUGUAGACUCAAAAUUAGAUCCAAAACGAGGCUGGGAUCAUGGAGUAUUUGUUCCUAUGAUACUAAUAAACCCAUCAGCUGAUAUUCCUAUAGUUCAGAUAUCAGUGCUAUCAAACCAAGACCCGGAAAAGCACUAUGAGAUUGGCCAAAUAUUACAUCAAUUUAGAAAGGAAGGUAUUGCAAUAUUAGGAUCUGGUAUGUCGUACCACAACAUGAGAGAGUUCAGAUUCAGUCGUAAUAUUGGAAAAGUUGUGAAUGAGGAAUUUGAUGAAUUUUUAAACAAAGCCUGUUUAUCAAGUAAUGAUAAAAGAAAAGCAGAAUUGACUCAAUGGGACAAGCAGCCUGGAGCUCAUGAGGCCCAUCCACCCCGAGCGGCAGAACACUUAAUGCCCCUAAUAGUAAUUGCCGGAGCGGGUGGAGAGGCUCCCGGAGAAAGAAUAUUUAACUGGGACAUGUCAGGUACUUUUAGAUUGGGUGGUUACAUUUGGAAAGGUGAA